AUGACAAACGCCGAAUGCUACCAGUGCAGCGGAUUCCAGAAGGUCCUUAGCAUCAUGGGACGGAUUGUUCUAGUCCUGGCUCUGCUUGCCACCAUGGUGAUCCUGCGAUGGGAGGCUGCCACGGAUGUCCUGAAUACCAGCUUCCGAGAGGUCUGCAGGCAUCACAAGAAGGUCUUGGGACGGCUGGGGCAGGCCAUGACAAUGGAAGCCGAAGCUACGCUGUUCUUUGCAGCCAUUGCAGUCCUGCAGUUCCUGUGGGUGUUUACGUUGUUCCCGAACUGGCAAUCGAGCACAGGGCCCCUUCAGGAUGUUUGGAAAGCCAUCGUGACCCUCGCUGCUUUCGAUACCAGCGUGUUCACACACUGUUCUCUGGGCAGUUCUUUCAUCAACAACUGGUCUCUAGACUGGUGCUUGCACUGGGCAAUCGUUUUGGGGAACAUGGUGCUGGUGCUUGUGCAGUUCGUCAUGGCAAAGGCUACUAAGACCACUAAGACCCACCUCACAGGCAUACUGAUGGAAAGCACCUCCUUCCUGAUCAUGCUCCUGAUUACUGCUCGAUUCAGGCUGGACCUGAUCUUCGUCAACUGCGUGAGAUGCGAAUCUGGGCGGAUGACCUGGAAGUGGCAGUGUGGUGAAGGUGAAGGUGUGACCUCAAGCGGCCGAGUCCACUGGUACGUGCUCUUCGCUGAACCUUGGACCAAGCAUCUGAAGGGCCACUCCGGGUCCUUGCGCCGUGCGGUGCAAGACUUCCCGACCUUCACCGAGCACCUCCAGACGCCAGCAUCCCGGAAGGAGGUCUGGCAACGGUUCAACUCCCACGUGCUCGAGAAGAAGGAGCAGGAUAUGGCAGAGCUUGCCCUGAAGAUGGUGGCGCUCACUGAGCAGAAAGAAGGCAAUGGCACCGACGGCCCCCAGGUACCGAAAGGGACGGAGCACUUGGACGUUGACAUUGCAGACAUGGCCGAGAAGGUUCAAGAGCUCUACCCAAAGAGCAAGUGGUUCUUCCUGUUAGAGCUGUUCUGGUCCUGCUCAUGGUCAUGGUUGCGGACUCUCUUCAGGGUGGCGAUGACAGUGGCAGUCAUGACCCUUCCGAGAGACUCCGGAAACUCCGAUUCAAGGACGAUAGAAUGCUCCUUCGUGCUGAUGGGGUUGUUGGCGUUCGCAGGCUUGAUGAAGGCAAACCGUUGGGAGUUUGUGAACGACUGGGAAAUUCUUCUCUACGCGCUAUCGCUGGGAGUCCUAAUCCUGCUGCAGGCCGGGAACACGGUCUCCGUCGCAGUCCUGGCGAGCGCUACCGUUUUCGUGGCCGUGGCUCCGGUUCUCCUCUACCUUUUCGCAUUUGCCAUCCGCCGUUGCCUCACCAACGUGGAGGCGACGCAGAGCAAGCCCAAGUCACAGGCAUCGUCCACAAAUGCUUUGCCAAGGAAGCCGACGGAAACGAGGGGCCCACCGUCCAGGCGGUCGACGUCUCCUUCUGAACCUAUAGAGCUUGAGCUGACGCCUGAUGGUUCCCACCGGAACCAUUUUCUCCCUUCUUCUUUCGAUUUUCUGCUGCAAACGCGCGUCUGGUCGUGGCAAGAACGGUUUGGCCGAGACGUGCGGGAGCUGCAGGCUGCUCGAUGGCAGCUGUGA